UAUGACUUGAUAAAAAAGAUGUAAAUUGACUGGGAGGAGGUAUUUAUCAUCGUCCUCGACACCUAAACCCCGUAGAAAAAGCGCGGGCUCUCCCUUUCGACGAGCAAAAUAUGACGCGAAGAAUAGCGCAGGUUUUUACAAGAGACGACGGAGCACCGAAACCUUCGAGCAGCGAAGACGAUGAUAUCCCUAACAUUCGUAAUCGCCGCCGGAGAAAUCGCACAAGCAGCCGCCGUGAACCGCCGCCUCCACCUCCGAAACGACGCAAAAAAGUUCAAAUUCUCGAUGAUGACGACGACGAAGAGUUUGAACUGGAACAAGUUGAAGAAGAGAAUGAAGUAAAUCAAGAGGAUGAAGAGGAGGAGGAAGAAGAAGAGGAGGAAGAGGAGCCUGUUCAAGAAGAUGCUAAACCUAUUGGUGAUGUUAUUAGGGUUUCCGGUAAAGGUCGAGGUUAUAAGAAGCAUUAUAAAGAGUUUGAAUUUGAUGGUAAUCGUUUUGAGCUUGAGGAUCCUGUGCUGUUGACGCCAGAAGAUAAGAGUCAGAAGCCCUAUGUUGCAAUUAUUAAGGAUAUAACUCAGAACCAGAAGGGGAACCUGAUGGUCACUGGACAAUGGUUCUAUCGUCCCGAGGAAGCUGACAGGAAAGGUGGUGGGAGCUGGCAAUCUCAUGAUACAAGAGAGCUUUUUUAUAGUUUCCACCGUGAUGAUGUUCCUGCAGAGUCUGUGAUGCACAAGUGUGUUGUACACUUUGUACCAUUGAACAAGCAGUUGCCAAUUCGCAAACAGAACCCUGGUUUCAUUGUUCAGAAGGUUUAUGAUACUGUGGAGAAGAAGCUAUGGAAACUCACUGAUAAAGAUUACGAGGAUGGAAAGCAGGAGGAGAUUGAUGUCCUGGUGCAGAAAACAAUAUCCCGUCUUGGAGAUCUUCCAGAUCUUGAGUCAGAGGAUACUCCUACUGUUCAGUUAGAGGAGUUGGUAAGAAACAAGAGAAUGUUAAGGAAACGCCACAUUUCUCCACUUGAUGUGUCAAGGGAGGAUGAAGGGACCCCAAAAUCACCUAGAGUGGAGACGCCAGGAAGCUGUGCUACCAAUACAUCCAAACACUUCAUCAUCUUAUCUGAAGCAAAGGCACUAACAAAGGAAACACAUCGAGAUAGAUGGAUGGAGAAGCUUCUCCAAGGAGUUGAAUCUGUGUGUUCUGCGACUAAUAAUGUGCAAGCAGAGAGUAACGGAACAAAUGGAGCUACUAUCAUCAACCAAUCUAGCAUUGACCAGGAUUCUCAAGAAGAGUGUUUGAAGGAUAGCAACAAUCUUUCUUGGCCAGAUUCUGCUAUUUCAGCCAUUGUGGCCUUGGAGAAGGCCACUCAUGAGGCAUUUUCUUCUGAUUUUAGCAAGUAUAACCAGAAGAUGAGGCAACUGUCUUUUAAUCUCAAGGGUAAACUAGCCCGACGGCUGUUGAGUGGAGAAUUAGAACCUUCAAAGAUUCUAAACAUGUCACCAAAUGAAUUGAAGGAGGGUUUAACUGCAGAGGAAAUAUCUCAAAAUCAGCCUGAAGAGGCAGCAAAAAUGCAGAUGACUGAUGCUCUAUGCAAAAGGUGCAAUGAGAGAAAAGUUGGUCUUGUAGAUAUUAUACAAGCAGGUCAUGGUGAUCGUUAUCAGUUGGAGUGCAUUGCUUGUGGUAAUACAUGGUAUGCUUCUAGAGAUGAGGCAGCUAUGAUGACGAUAGAUGGUCCCAGUACUGGACCAAAUGUUGGUACCGCACCAUGGGCUACGGCCAAAUUUGAAAACGUAGAGAAAAAAAAGUUGCUUAGUCCUCGUGAUACAGACAAGGCAGAUGCGGCAAAGAAAAACAUUGAAGGUUCUAUGCCAGUGUUGGAGACUCAAAAAUCUUUCAGUAAGUCCAAAACUGAAAACAUAAUAUCUCUUAAAAAUCUCGAGUGAUUGGUUGGAUGAGAUUGUAGCUUAGAUCAUAAACUUAAUGUGUUGUAUAUACAGUCAUAAUUAGAAGAUGGUUCACAUACAGAUCCGUAGUUAAACUAGCUGUAGAGUGGAAAAGGAAAAUUUGCAACUUCGGGUUUGCUUUUGCCUGUUUCAACUUGCAAAGGUAAUGACCUUUAGAGGCAUUAAUAAAGAUUCUUGUUUGGGGAUUAGACACAAGGUUUAGUAGUAUUUAUUCUAUUGUCUUCUUAGUUAUGGUGCUGCGCAUUUUUGUACAAAACUCAAUUAAGUAGGGCUUGAAUUAAGCUGAAGUUUGCAGGGAGUAUAAUGCAAGCCUUUACUUUUCGGCCUUCAA